AUGGCGGAGCAAGCUGAUGCUCUUGCCAGAGAGGACUAUGAAGUGGGGAAAUCCGAAUCCAAAGGUAAGGGCAACAAGGUGGCCUACAACGUUACCGGGUUGGCAUUGAUUUGGGAUAACACAUCCCGCAUUCGGCAAAAGUUGCGAGAUGGCAACAAUCUUCUUCAGAACUAUGACCCCAAACUCAAGAUGUGCACGAACCACGACGUCGAAAAAACCAUCAAGAAUGUGAGGAUGAACAUGUCAGUGUUAAAACCAGUUUGUUCCUUGACCCGCACUCAUGGACUCCUUCCCUCCAUAGACACUUUGGUGGAAGAAGUCAAGACAGCUUUUCGAUUGAACAAGGCCAUUGUCGCCACCUCCACUCUCCAAAAACAGGGAUGGGCAAUCCGAAAUUUGAUUGCAGUGCUUAAAGGUUCAGUGAAGGCAAGGCGUGUGUCUGACAAGUCUGGUCUCAAACAAAAGGACUUCAUCAUUCUGUCGGACGAGGAGCAUGAGCCUGGCAACAAUGCGCUCGCUGCCGAGUUGGAAGCCUUGGUUCAGCAAAUUGGCGAGUGCUCCAGUCUCAGCACAGACAUCUCCUGUGUUGGCUUCAUUGUCACGCGGCCCAUCAGUCAAGUGGCCAGCACUCAGCCAUCGGAUCAUUCGGUCCCAUCUGGGCAGCCACCUGAUGGGGGUGCUGCAGCUGCCAACAGUGUUCACCAGGAACCUGAGAAGCUGGAAGGUGAGUCUUUGAAAGCUCCUGUGGCAGAGACCAUUCCCCCCGCAAGCAGCGAUGCCCAAACCUUGCAACAUUCUACAAAGGACACCCUUGAUGAAGCAGGAAGCAAAGCUACACCAACAUCACAAAAUGAGCACCCUCAAUUUCCCACAGUCGCCCCUGGCCCUGAAACAGCUUACAUCACCAGAAGGCAGCAGAUCGCAAACAAGAACGAUGUCAAGCAAAAGAGGGGCAAGGAAGCAAACGUUGAGGAAGGAAAGGAUGAGGAAGCAACGGGUGAUGUCGCAGCAAAAGAUGAAGAGGCAAAGGAUGAGGAGAAGAAGCCCAAGAGAAGGAAAACAGCAGCCAAGUCUAAAAUCGCAGCACCUGUGAAAAAUCCUGAUCAAGAUGUCCAGGGAUGCCAGGAGCCAGCCCCACACCCAAAGGAUUUGCAGCCAAAGCCAAAACGAGCCUACAAGAGAAAGCCCAAAGGAGAGGAGCCACCAGCAGCAGCUGAUGAGACCGCCAAUGAGGUCACCGAUGUUGCGACUGGGAAGCGAAAGAAAAGAAAGCAAAACGAGCCUGCCCCUUCUCCCCCUGUUGCCCCUUCUGGUUCCAGCCAGCAUGUGCCCGAUGUUGAGGAAGCAGCCCCACAUCCCGAAACCAAGCAACCUAGGGCCAAGGCAAAGGCCAAAGCAAAGGCAGCAGGGAAGGGAGCAGGGAAGGGAAAAUCCAAGAAAAAUGCCAAGCCCAAAGGCAAGGCCAAAGCAAAGGCAAAGGGCGGCAGGCGCACCAGGGGGAACAAUGAGGAGGAGAGUGGCGAAGUGGAUGCAGCUGAUGCUGCUUCUGCAUUUGCCCGCCGAAGUCAAGAAACCUCUGAGGUUGUCGAGAGCUUGCGAGAGAAAGUUGCUCUUGAGGUUCGGGAUUGCUUGAAGCUUUGUGAAGCUUCGGGGGAAUUUUGUGUCAAGGGGAAGCAUCAGCAUGAAAUGGCGCAGAUCGAUGUUGGGGAUGGUCUUCAGCUGUCCAUCUAUUGGUCUCGCAAUGCUGUUGGGUUGAAGAAGGAGAUCGAUGGAAAGUGGACACAGGUAUGUUACUUUUCCCGAACCUCCCCAUGCUGUGGCACCAACAUCAUCCUCGCAAAGUAUUGGGUAUAG